UGUGAUCAGUGUUUGAAUUUCAUCAACUCAUUUGCAUUUUAAAGGACAUACCCAAAACGGCACAUUUUGCACACACCAACAAAGUGGCAAUUUUAACAUGCUAUAAUAAAUUAUUUAUAUGGUAUUUUGAACUAAAACUUCACAUAUGUUCUCUGGGGACACCAAAGAUUUAUUUGAUAUCUUUAAAAAAGUCUUCUGCCAUGGCCACUUUAGUGAAUGAACGGCGAUAUGGAUGUAGUUUCAUAAAGAUUUCUAAAAAAAAACAAUUCUACUUUUGUGUCCAAUUAAAAAGAUUUAAUUAAAGAGUGACAUUAAAAGCUUGUUAACAUUUUUGAGUCAUUUUUGCUUUGAAACGAGGAUAAAUAAAUGUGUAACAAAAAAGAUGCCAAUUCGAUACAGUAAUUAACUAAAUCAAACGACGCGCGUGCGCAAUGCAACGAAACUUUCCACUAAAAAGAUUAUUUUAAGUUAUUUAAAUAAAAAAAUAUAUAUUUUGAGUUUGACAGCAAAUAUUUCCCCUUUUAUCAGUCCUCAAAAAAUCCCCGAAGAACAGACGACGAGUUAUCCGUUUCAUUUUACACCACCAACAUCCAAGCCAGCGACGCGACAUAAACAGAACGCGACGCUCACGUUAUAAAUCAGCGAAGCUGUCUAUACAACACAACAAGCCUGCGAAAUAAAUACAGCGUCCGUUAUUUAAACGCAAUGAAGACAUGUGUCCAACAUGAUGUCAGGACAAAACAGUGAUCAACUGCAUCGAAACACUUUGGGCAUUUAUACAAACAUAAUGGAGCAGUUCAACCCAGGUCUGCAGAGAAUGGUGGCACUGGGAAACAACUACAUUCAGGCUUUCCAAGCCCUUGCUGUCACAGGUGAGGCCUAUUUCAAUGCUUUGGCUAAAAUGGGUGAACAGGCCAUGCAGCGUGUGUCCUCACGUUUGCUGGGUGAUGUAUUGAUACAGAUCUCAGAGAAUCAGAAGAGAUUCAACAGUGAACUGGAGGGAGUGUUUCGUUGGUUUCACUCUGAGGUCCUGCAAGACAUGGAACACAAUGUCAGGUUGGAUAAAGAGUACAUAUUAGCUAGCAAGAGGCAAUAUGAGAAUGAGGUGAGAAACCAGGCAACCGCAUUGGAGAGACAAUUGAGGAGAGGGAUUCCACAGGAUGGCAGUGAAUAUGUGCGGUUUCUGAGGGAGAGUCAAAAAGAGGCGCUAAAGGAGGAAGAAAGGAGAUAUCGAUUCCUGGCUGAGAAACACUGCGGUCUCUCCCAGUCCAUUGCCUAUCUCAUGAACAAGACAGGGGGCGGGCUGCAGAACAAAGUAGAGGGGUGGAAAGAUCUGGUGAAUCACACCAGAGAAGCACGUCCACGCACUCCUCCGCGACUUGAUGAUAAUGUGUUUAGUGAUGGUGUUAGUCGUUUUGCGGAGCCUUUGGGCAGAGUUCCCUCUAGAGGCCCCUCCCCCCAGCACAGUCGUUCAAACUCUUCCUCGGGAUUUCCUGGAGGCAGAGUGAUGCGAGCACUUGUGUCCCACCCUCCCGCCGCGAACCCCACCCUCCUGCCAUUCGCCCAGGGAGAAACCAUAACCUUGCUUGUUCAGGAACCAAGGAACGGCUGGCUGUAUGGCCGCUGUGACAGUUCAGGACGGCAGGGCUGGUUCCCAGCUGCUUAUGUAGGUCCCACAGAUGAGCCACCUGAACCGCCUGCCCCCAGCUAUCGUAGAAGCAGCACCGGUAUGAGUAACCAUUUUGACCAACCCGUCAGCAGCAGCCACCAUGUGGCUCCGCCCCCAGCGCCUCCUCCACCUCCAUCAUUUAAAUCCAGCACGUCCAGGCCAGUUACGCCCACCCCUUCAGAAAAUAAAAGACAAGAUAGUUAUGGAUCUCGACCAGAACUUUUUCCAAGAGGCACAAAUCCAUUUGCCACUGUGAAGCUGAAACCCACAAAAACCAAUGAUAGAUCUGCUCCACGUGUAUGAAUAACAUUUGAGCCAAUGAGAGUUCAGAUCCUGCUUGCAUAUCAGCGCUGCACAUUUUCCGUCGUUCAAUCAUGCAUAUUCAAAGACAUUAAUUUUUCACUGUAAUUUUAUCAGUAAAUGCAUUCCAGUUUAGAUAAUGUGACUUGGCAAUGAUCAACGACUGGUCUUUUAAAACCCAUUAAAAUGAGUAGUUAGGCCUUCAGAGUUAAUGCAUGGGAAAAUCUGCCUCUGAAGGGGCAAUCUAUAAUUUCUUUAUCUAUACGUCACUAAAGUUCCUGCAAUAAGAAUCUUGAAUAUCAGUAGUGACUGUGUGUCAUCAAACGUUAUAUUUCCUGGUUGUCUUAUGUUUUACUGUUAUCAGAUUUUUGUAUGUCAGCUUUAAUUUCAAAUUCUGUUUUAUUCAAAGUGUACGUCUUUAUUAACAUUGUAUAUAAUUUGCAUUCUACUUUAUACAAAUCCUCAUUUUUAAGUAUCAAUGGUUGUUAUUAAAGCACUUUAAAUGUCUAGCAGUGGUUUAACUACAGUUCUAUGUGGUUUGACCCUUGACCCCUGGCGCCUUUGAUAACCCAGCCAUCGGAUGCUAUCCCGCUCCGUGCUUGAACUCCGUCUUUAGGCUCAGGUAAUUCUUCUGACGUGCCCAAUUAUGCAGCCCUUAAAUUGGGUGUUCGGUCCGUUUAAGUGCCUAUAAAGUGAAUGUCCUUUUAACCUUGACAGUAAUUGGCGCGACCUUUUACCAAGGUGUCAAACCCAUUAGCACAAACUCAUUUGUAUGUUUUCUCAACUCAAAAGAUUUAAUUAAUGCAGAAUUUUUAAAAGAUAAAUAUGGUGGCCUUUAUCACAGCGAUUCAUUGUGUGGUUUGCUUGAUAAAUAAAAGAAACAAAAUACAACAUUUAAGCACUCCAAGAGUUAUCUCUAUUGGUUCUUCACACCUUUAAGUGUUUAUAUGAAGAAAUGUUGAUUCUGUGUCUCGUAAAAAGUUAGCGAGGUGACCUUUUCAACUGUAGUGAUGGUAUAAAUGGUACAAGCAGCAAUUAUUGUAUUUUUAAAGGCCAUCAAACAUGUUUUUGUUGGAACAAUGUGCCCUGAGGAAUUGUGCAUAAUAAUUCUGUAUAAUUUAAUAUGGUUAAGAAGGGUUUUACGUCUUGAAGGGAUAAUUAAAAUUAAAAUUCUGUCAUCAUUUACUCCCCAUAAAGUUGUUUAAAACCUGUAUAAAUACUUUUAUCUGCUUAACACGAAGAAAGAAGAAUGUUUGUAACUAAACAGA